CAAAAACACAAACUUCGACAGUUGACAGUCAGACCCUCACGUCUCUUCCUCCUCCUCCUUCUUGAUCAAACCAAGCUUACCCACAAAUUUGGGAAAGAAUGGCAAAAUUCAUAUUUAGAACAAACAACAAUGCAUGUUGCCUUUCACAAUCAGCUCACCGAAUUUCACACUUCAGCACCCAUAUCAAACACCAUCAUUUGAAUGUCUUAUCCUUUAAACAUAGCUUGAAAUUCAGAGUUUCUUGCAGCAUCAAGGAGAAGGAAAAUGUUUCAGAAACGGAGAGAGCUGCUAGAGUACUCUCUGGGCUUCGUGUCGAUGAUGAAUAUGACCAAAAUGGUGGCCCAGCACCGAGUUUUAAGGAUCAAUUGGAUGAAGAAAAUGGGGAUAGCGAACUGGGUUUCGAUGGGAACUGGCCGCCAUGGAAGAAUCUUCCUGAAAGAUACAAGAUUGUAUUCACAACAUCUCUGGCCUUUGUUAUUUGUAAUAUGGAUAAGGUGAACUUGAGUAUUGCAAUAAUUCCAAUGUCGCACCAGUUUGGGUGGAAUUCAUCGGUUGCUGGAUUGGUGCAAUCGUCCUUCUUUUGGGGAUAUGCACUCAGUCAGUUGCCCGGGGGUUGGCUUGCUAAGACAUUUGGGGGGAGAAAAGUUCUUGAAUUUGGAGUUCUGGUUUGGUCACUGGCUACAGCACUUGUUCCUAUGGUUGCUGGGUUUAUGCCUGGACUAGUUUUGUCAAGGAUUUUGGUCGGAAUAGGAGAAGGUGUUUCUCCAUCAGCGGCCACGGACUUGAUUGCCAGGUCAAUACCAUUAGAAGAGCGCUCACGAGCAGUAUCAUUUGUUUUUGGUGGUUUGAGCAUUGGAAGUGUCAUGGGGUAUGUAGUAUUGAUCAUAGUAUUAAAAUGGCUUCUUUUGGCUCCUCCCCUGAUCCAAAAUUUUGGUUGGGGAUCUGUUUUCUACAUAUUUGGCUCUCUGGGGAUAGCUUGGUUUUCGGGAUUUCAGUUUGUUAAAGAAAAACAGCCUUUGAUGGAUGCCCCACCAAUAUCAUGGUCUCAGUCUAUUUCUAGGAAAAGAUCAUUGCAUACUUCUUUGGAAGAGUUGGGUGGGUCACUGAAGGAUGUGCCAUGGAAGGCAUUUUUCCAAAGUAAAGCUGUAUGGGCAAUGAUAUAUGUUCAUUUUUGUGGUAGUUGGGGUCACUUCAAUUGUUUGUCUUGGCUCCCUACUUAUUUCAGUGAGGAGCUGAACCUGAAUCUGACAGAAGCUGCAGGGCAUAAGUUGAAUAAUGACAUUUUCAUUGGUGUUGGAGUAGACAUUGUUGACACAGAAGAAAUGGGAAAAAACAAACCUAUGCCUGCGGUUUCUGUUCUUCCUCCUUUGGCUUCAAUUUUUGUGACCAGCAUUGCUGCACAAUUUGCGGACAACUUAAUUGCCAGUGGAGUUGAAACUACUGUGGUGCGCAAGAUUUGCCAAACAAUUGCCUUUUUGUCUCCUGCAACUUGCAUGAUUCUGUCCUCUUUGGAUUUUGGAUUGCCUCCAUGGGAAAUUGUGGCGAUUCUCACUGGUGGUUUAGCACUAUCAAGUUUUGCCUUGUCAGGACUAUAUUGUACCCAUCAAGAUAUCUCCCCUGAAUAUGCAAGCAUACUUCUGGGCAUUACCAACACUGUUGGGGCAGUACCUGGAAUCGUAGGCGUUGCUCUAACUGGUUAUCUUCUUGAUUCAACUCAUUCAUGGAGUAUAUCAUUAUUUGCACCAUCAAUCUUCUUCUACCUUACCGGUACCAUUAUAUGGUUGGUGUUCGCAAGCAGUAAACCCCAAACCUUUUCAAAAGGGGAUUGA